AUGCGCACUGUUGGCGAACUGUUGAUGCAGAGUCCGACGAGUCCGGUGAAGGAAACGCAACUCCAAACAGGCACGAACAAAAAAUGGGCCGAGCAAUAUCAUUUCAUCAAGAACAUCAUCACACACACCCGCGUCGAGAACGGAUGUGCUGUCGCCGACUUCCAAGCGGCCUUCCUGCCUCCCUACGCCGACGACGCACUGCGGAUGAGUGCACCAGCGGUUUCUCCAAACGAACGACAAUGGCGACUACAGACCGAGGCUGACUGCGAAUUAUGGUUUCAUUCCGAGAUAUCCAACGUCGUGCUCGCUGCCUGGAGUCAAUACCCUGCGCUGACCCAAACCUCACACUCGAAGCCGAUGGGGGACAAGGCAGUCGCCGAGGAGAUAGAUGCGACUUAUGCUUUCAGGUCUAGGCAUCACAAGGUUGCUCUCGCCAUAGGGGAGAUGAAGCGAAACCUUAUCAAUCCAGGUCCUUGGCAGCGUGGAAAUAUCUCCAUGGAUAUGACGCAGAAAAGGCUAUCCAAGGAGUUACGUGGCUACGCCGACAAGUACGAGUGCCUAGGGUGUUCUGCUUUGACGGCGAGACACUUGUUCUUCUCCAGUUUCGUGCGAACACGCCAGGAGAGAUCCGAGAGGAGGGCUGCCCUGUUGACUGCUGGGUUCUUCCUCGGACAAAGAGCACGACGACAUUACGUUAUGCCUUCUACAUGCUUCUCGUACAAGGUCUCCGCCGUUUUCAAGGCUCCCUCGCCCAGCCGCCGACGGUGGGCCGGCACUCGUCCCAUUUUCGGCAAUUCUACAAUGGUUGUCCACUUUGGAAGAACGGCAACUUGA